AUGGGUGAUCAUGAUAUCGAAUCCGAAGGGGAGAAGAUCCCCACGAGUCCAGUGACCUAUUCAGAGAAGCCAACUUCAGAGAUGAUGGAGCAUUCCCCUAUCAACCUGACGGAGGAAGAUAAUAUUCGGAUUAGGAGGAAGACUGAUAAGGUCAUCUUGUCGAUUCUGACUUGGGUCUACUUCUUACAGGUUUUGGAUAAGGGCGUCAUGGGAACUGGUGCAGUUUUCGGUCUACGAGAAGAUACCCAUAUGACGGGACGCCAAUAUUCACUCCUUGGAUCGAUCGCACCAAUUGCGCAGUUAGGAUGGCAGCCAUUCUCAGCGUGGCUGAUUGUAAAGGUACCACACCGGAUCCUGAUGCCAUCGAUGAUCCUUGGAUGGGGAAUUGCAGAGACAAUGACUUGUCUAUGCCAUGACUUCAAAACAAUGAUGGCCUGCCGCUUCUUCCUUGGUCUGUUCGAAGCCGGCUGCCUGCCCCUAUUUGCUAUCAUGACUGGCCAGUGGUACCGUCGUGUUGAGCAACCACUUCGUGUCUCUAUUUGGUACUCCAUGAACGGCACAGCAACUAUGGCAGCUGCUGCCUUAUCUUAUGGUCUCGGCCAUAUCCAUUCUUCAAAGUUAUAUUCCUGGCAAAUCAUUUAUCUAUUUUGUGGAUUGCUUACUGUUGUCACUGCACCCGUCUGUUAUUAUUUCCUCGACAACGACAUCUCUACGGCUCGCUUCCUCACCCCCACGGAACGGUUACAGGGCGUUGAACGCCUCCGCAGCAACAAAUCUGGCGACGAAACGGUCCAUGAGUUCAAGUGGCCCCAGGUUUGGGAGUCGGCCCUUGAUAUUAAGACCUGGCUGACUUAUUAUGAGAAGACCCCCCCGCACCUCUACUUCACCAAGACACAGAUGGCAGUUUGGCGGAACUUUGCAUCAUGGAGCUUCGAUGGCGAACAAGUCUACCUUCCUGGCCCUGCUGACUGGUACCCUGAUGGCUAUGAUACUGAGUUCUAUGGCUUUCAGUUGGAUUCUGAUGCACUUGGCGCCUUUCGGGCCUGGGAGGUGUUGAGAGAAGAGACUGAGCCAGCUGAGUACAAGUGGAUCCUCCCAUCUGACGACAGAUUGUUGCUGUUGUCCCCAACCAAGGAAUCCGAGGAGCUUCUCUCCCAGUUCUACAAUAUGUAG